AUGGCUGACUACCAACCGCGCCCGGCUUCUGGCAUUGCGCUGAGCCCCGGCGCCGGUCAGAGGAACCCCGUACAGCAGCCUUUGAGCUGCACCCAUUGCCGGCAGCGAAAGAUCAAAUGCGACAAAAAGUACCCAUGCUUGCCAUGUUCUCGCUCCAACCUCGAUUGCGUCUUUCCCGAACGUGCGAGGCACCCGAAGAAGAAGUCGGCGAGCUCCAAAGCGACCAACGACGAGCUCAUGCGCAGGCUGGGUAGAAUGGAAGAGUUGAUUGAGAAGAUGAAAGUCGAGGGGAAGGAUGUCAAUGGGAAGAAGCUUGUGGAAGAAGCAUCACCGAGCCCAGAAACCAGUCGUUCCAGGCAUACAUCGGAAGCUCGAUCGCCUGGCAGCAAUGGUCCAGAUCCCGCUGAAGAUGGGAUGAGCAGAUACAUAGGCACUCAUUUCUGGCGGUCAUUGAGCAGUGAGGUCCAAGGCCUCAAGGAGACCAUGGACGAUGACUCCGACGAAGAGCAAGAUUCUCAGCUUUCUGGCCAAUCACCAGCAGAGACAAGCAUUUCUCAAUCAUCCGUACUCUUCGGAUCUAGCCCUCUUCGUCAAAGAGAGCUGCGUCUACUACACCCUUCCUCCGCCCAGAUAAUUGCUCUAUUCCACUACUACCAAAAGAAUGUGGAUCCAAUGGUCAAGAUACUACAUACCCCAAGCUUGCGGAAGCUGGUGAUGAGUGCUUCGACCAACAAAGACGCCAUACCAUCUGGAAACUACGUUGAGGCAUUGCUGUUUGCCAUGUACUAUGCCGCAAUCACUUCUUUGACCCAAGAAGAGUGUUUGCAGAACUUCCAUGAUGGAAGGAACUCCUUGCUGGCCCGGUAUAGAUCUGGCACAGAGUCGGCGCUAUCGAACGCCGACCUGCUGAGUACCCAAGAGAUAGGCACACUUCAAGCCCUGGUCAUAUUCCUUACCACGGUUCGGACAAAUGAUGAUACGAUGUUUGCUUGGACUCUUUUCAGUGUUGCCGUCAGGCUGGCCCACUCUCUGACCCUGCAUCGCGAAAGCACAUGGUCCGGCAUAUCUCCUUUCACGAGAGAAAUACGCCGCAGACUAUGGUGGCACCUAGUUGAGCUAGACAUCCGUGGCCUAGAAGACCGAGGUUCUGAUCCAUUCAUUCUCGAGUCGUCUUUCAAUACCAUGUUACCCCUGAACAUCAACGACGACGACAUGGAUACCGGAAGUAUGGAACCGAUAGUAGAAAGAAAGGAGUUCACAGAGAUGACCAAGUGUCAUGUAUCACAUGUCGUGUGGGAAUAUGCGGUCCGCCUUGGCUACACACCACUAGGACGAGACCCCGAGAAUGCUCCCAUUGUACCUCCCAUUGAGACAAAUAUCAAAAAAAUACAAGAGCUCGAGACGAAACUUGAGAAGGACGUGCUCAUCCAUUGUGACCUCGCUGGUCCUAUCGGUUGGGUAACAUCUGUGGUAAUUCGACUGAUCGGCUCGCGAUUGCGCCUUGCUGUUUAUCACCCUCCCUUGACCGACAUGCGUGGCAUGGUCCAGCAAUACGUCUCUAGGGAGCUUGUUUUGAAAACAGCCGUCCAAAAUCUCGAGUACAGCCACCUUCUCUGUACUGAGCCGGCUGCUGCUCAGUGGAGGUGGUAUUUCAAUACUCGAGUCCAGUGGCACGCUCUAGGAGCUACUUUGGCGGAGCUUUGUAUUCAAGACAAAGGUCCGUUGGUGGAGAGAGCCUGGAAAGUCGUGGAUGUGGUCUUCGAUGACUGGGCCGAGCACAUUGCUGACUCCAGAAAGGGGAUGCUCUGGCGCCCAAUCAAGAAGCUGAUGAGCAAAGCCCAGGCCAAGAGAGCCGAAUCUAGCAUGAAGAGCAUGUCGAUAACAUCGCAACAGUCUCUGCCGCAAUUUACGGUUCCAGCAUAUGGUCAUUUUUACGAUCCUGACUCUAGCACUCCAGCGAAGUCGUUUCCGCAAGAUUUGACGUCAGGGGUAGGCAUGGCAAGUUUCCCAAACCAAGCUCUGGAUCUAGACCAACAGCUUUCACCGGAUACGUUAGAAUCGUGGAAUGUCAACGAGACCGCGAGUACCAUCAACUGGGCAGAAUGGGACGAGUUUAUGCAAGACUUUGAGAUGGCUGAACAACCGCCUGUGGACGUCAAUGCCAUGCAGCAGGAUGCGAGUCAUCUUGGUGUGUGGUGGUGA